GCCUGUCUACCCUGAUGCGGGUGAUGGUGGAGGAGGAAAGCUGGAGGAGCUAGGAGGCGGCGCUGGAUCUCGCGCUGAACUGCCGCCCCACACUCUCCACACCCAGUUGCGCGGCUGGUGAAUGACAGCUGCACGGAGCCGGCGACCAGCCUUGGAAACUACGCCAGCGACGCCCACCAGCCUCGCCUCACUUGGAUGGUUUCUCUGGCGGAUCACAGAGCACACGGGGAUUGCUAGAAACAAAACUUUGUGAGGAGGAAUAUUGUUUGUAGUUGACACUGACCACAGCAUCCCAGGAGACCUCCAGGGUGGACCGUAAACUUCUGGUCUGCAAGGGGGGAACCUGAUGCAGCUGCGGAGUAAGGCGACACAUGAUCUCUUCCGGUGAGAGGAAUACAAGCUUCAUCGUUUGCUACCUGGUAGCGCAGGUGUCAGAGGUCAGAGAUACAAGGGAGACGUCUGGAACUUUCCAGUGACGUCCGUUGCUUCCGGUGACGUGCCAUCCCUUGGAACUCCAGCGGAUAAGCAUCUUAAGGACAGCGUGUGGCGCACCUUGGGACAACAUCGAGCAGGCAGCAUCCUUCGUCAUCGUCAAUAACACAAGGAAGGUGUCGGCCGCUACACCACCGUCUGUAAGGCACCCUUCACACGUGACGACAAGUCUCGGAAGUAGGCAGAGAUCGAUGGCGUGAAUCCAAAAACAUCGUCCAAUCCGAGAUUUCGUUCCUAAGAAGGAGUGGCGAACGUAUUAAUACUCACUCCUUGUCAUCGAAUCAUUUUUCAUUUGCUUGGUGGAAAAAAAAAACUCCGCGAGAGAAAAAAAUCUCCUCUGUCCUUGAUUUAUUUUUUCGUCCACCGCUGACGAGGAUGUGACGUCACGGGCUGACUUGAUGAACGCGACGAUCGCGUGGCGGAUGUGCCUCGCUAGUGAGGUCCUGGCCCCGCGACUGGAGGGCGAGUGACCAGCAGACUCCGCGCCUUGGGGUGAGAUGACAAAAAGAGUUUUAAUCAUGGAUGCUCGGUGAGGAGUUCACGACGGUUGUCUUGGUGUCAUGCAUCGUGAUGGUCCCUAGGGAUUGUUUUUUCUUCUUACUCUCGUAACAUUCCACGUGAUUCUGAAUAACGAUGAAAAACUGGCGAGGAUACAGAUUUCCAGCGCUCAGUUUUUUUCUACUAGUGGUCACCUGUACAAGGGCCCAGGUGUCGGAGCUGUCCGAGGAGGAGCAGAUCUGGAGGCUGGGGGUGGCCAGGCAGCAGUGCGAUGAGUUGAUGAACACCCAGCCUGUUACUCUCACAGGUUUGUACUGCAACCGCACCUGGGACAACAUCAUGUGCUGGCCUGACACACCUGCCGGUGAGGUGCGGCGCCUGCCUUGUCCUGGCUACAUCAACCGCUUUGACCAGUCAGAGUUCGCCGUCAAGCACUGCCUGCAGAAUGGAAGCUGGUUCGUGCUGCCUACUCUAGGGAAGCCGUGGACCAACUUCACCGCCUGCAUCGAGAAGCACGCCAUGGAGACAGUGCCACAGGUCAUUGCGGACCACAUGCCCAGAAUCAAGAUCAUGUACACUGUUGGCUACUCGAUGUCCCUGACCACCCUCAUCCUGGCAGUAGCCAUCAUAAUCUACUUUAGGCGGCUGCACUGCGCGCGCAACAUGAUCCACCUCAACAUGUUCAUCGCCUUCCUGCUGCGUGCCGCCGUCUCCCUCAUGAAGAACGUGCUGCUCGUCAACGACCUCGGCUUCCCCAUCGACGUUAACGUCUCGGGCGCCAGGAUCGACUUCAUCCAGGAGGGCACCCACUGGGAGUGCAAGCUAUUCUUCACGCUUUUCAACUACGUCAUCUUUACGAGCGUCAUGUGGCUGUUUAACGAGGGCCUUUAUCUCGUCCUCAUCCUCUCCGUGUCUGUCUUCGCCGAGAAGACCAAGAUCCGUUGGUUCGUCAUCCUCGGCUGGGGUUUCCCCAUGCUCUUCAUCAUUCCCUGGGUGGUAUGCAGAAUCAAACUAGACGACAUGCUGUGCUGGAACGUGCACAUGUCUGACGAGUUGUUCUGGAUUCUAAGAGCCCCCAUCGUGGCCUCAGUAGCGAUCAAUUUCCUGUUCUUCAUCAACAUUGUCCGCAUGCUCUUCACGAAGCUUACUGCCACCAACUGCCCAGAAUCCAAGAAAGUUAGAUACCGGAAGCUGGCCAAGUCGACGCUGAUUCUCAUCCCUUUGUUCGCGGUGUACUACAUGGCCUUCAUCUGGAUCCCUGACGACCUCAACCCCACCUGCGAGCUGAUCAGGAUUUACAUUGAAAUGCUCUUCAACUCGCUGCAGGGAUUCCUGGUGGCCUUGCUGUUUUGCUUUCUGAAUACUGAGGUCCAGAAUGAAAUCCGCAAGAAGUGGCAUCGGCACGUGCUUAACGGAACUGGAAGCUGGAAUUCCACGCCAUCUGUCGGCUCGUUUUUCCGACGGAGCGCCAACGCGCGGGACAAGAAGCUACACCACAGCUCGCGCCUUGACAGCCGCUCCGUCAUCGAGUCGGAGUGCGCUCACUCCAGCUUCUUCCCAACCGUGGUCACCACUCAGAAGCAAAAUGGCCAUCUGACCACCAUCUGCGAGGAGAGCGUGCUCCUCACGGGCUUCGGGGUUCUGGGGAACAAAGCCCCCGUCGACAAUGGCCGCUCAUCCGGGCAAGACCAUAACGAAAAUCGAAGAAACUAUGAGUCGUUCGACGUAGGCGGCGAAGAGAAUGUCGUCAUUCAAGAACUGUCGCCCUUGAAGAAAGACGAGAAUGGGGACAGCAGUCGGUGACAAGGUGUUGGGACUGCUGGACCCUAGGGUUUGUGAUCCCGGUUAUAUGUUACUUAUCUGUGGACAUCGCUGCUGUUGUCGUUGUUGGAGCUGAACGUUUUACAUCGUGGUCACAAAUGAAGGAAAUCCAUGGACGUGUGUCGCUCAGCAGAACAUCCGACUGUUCAGAACUCAGUCUUGGUCUGAAUGAUGUAUCUAAACACUUGCGUGCACUUCACGCAUUUAACAAAUGUAGUGACCUCUGCUCUACCAGGAGAUCGCAGUCAGGUAGACAAGGAACAUCAGCCGGAGUGUUGUCGACGACUACUGUUUAUGUUUAUCUCGUGGAGAGCAGAAGUACUGUUUCUCUCUCCCCCAACCCUCCCUCUCUCUCCUUCUCUCUUUCUCUCACCACGCCACACGAGAUUAUCCAGUUCAUCACACAUCCCUCCCUCAAGGCCAUCCCUUGUCUGGCAUGUCACCAGGUCAUCGUAGGUCACACGAGGUCGUCUUCUACUAAACUUUUUUCUCACACGCCGUUUCCAGCGACUUUGAAACAAAAAGCCAGGAAUACGGUCCUCAGUGUUGAUGCUCAACCCUCUUGUACGGCUCCAUCGCUGACAAAGGGACCGCUUCAUGAACGUUUGUGUCUGUGCCAAAAGGAAGGGCAGGCACUUAAAUCGCAUCCUAAGCUUGGAGACUGAAUAAUGGAGAUACGGGGGAUGUGGGUGUGUGAGGGGGGACAGAGAGAUGCUGUGUUUACUUGUACUGGAGACGCCAACCGCGUCAGGCGAGGAGCCGGUGGACGUUGCAUUCCCGUCGAGCGGCGUGUUUAUAGCGGUUGUUCACGUUGUCGUUGCUGCCGUUGAUGAUGGUGAUCGGGAAGAGAAGGAAGUGAUGUGAUAUGUUGACAAAAACGUUUGAAAGCUCGUACGUGUACAAAUUUGUGUACAAAUGUCUGAGUAACUGCGAAAAUAGUGUGCACUCGCUUAUAAGUGUGUGUGUGUGUGAGUGAGAGAGAGAGCGAGGUUGUAUGUGUGUGAAAGGUAGAAAGUGAUAAGAAACGAGCAAACAUAAUAAUGAAUGUUAAUAUUGUCAUUAUCAAACACUGUUAGUUGCUUCGACCUGCAGAAUUCUGCAAGGUUCUGUAUUUUCCAGCUGAAAAAAAAUCCCGUAUCCUUUGAAAAUCUGUGCGUGUCAUUCCUGUGGACUGCUUACUCUAUGUAGACCAGUUUUAUUCUGACAUUGCAAACUCAAGAUGUCCCUCACUCUCCAAGAGCAGGCAACUGAAGAUGGAUGACAUUAGACCAGUUUUUAAAGACACAAGUGAUCAACAUAAUGAUGCCGAAUCUGUUAUUCAUGCUGUUGGACUUGCAGUGAUAGGAUGGGCGGGAGUGUAUUUCGCGCUGUUCUUUGUAUGCUUGAGUUUGAUCUGUCUGUUAAUAAUAUCUUGGAUUUCGUA